UUAAUUUAAUAAUAAUUUAUAAAAUGUCAAAUAGUUAAGAGAGAGAACAAGAAUUAAAGUAAAUUCGUAGAGAGAUGUUGAAAGAUGCGGAAUAAAAUGCAUAAAAGUAAAGAUUUGGAUUGUUUUCUUCACCUGUUCCUUUAGGAUUGGGAGAUGAUAGUAUAGAGAUGAGAAAGAGAAGUAAAAGAAUGAAAAUAAAUCGUCUUAGUAUAAAGAGGAGAGAAUGGUAAACCGAUAACAGAACCAUCUAAUAUGAAGGUGAGUGCUACUCGUACUGGGAGAAUUAGAUCAUCAUAUUUUGGACCCUUGAGUUUUACAACAGUUGGUGAUCCAUACAUAGAUCCAGAAAAAGUGGUUGCACAUUAUGAGAAAUAGCAAAAGAAGUUAUAUAAUAAGGAGACUCCAUUUAAACCUGCCUCUGGUUAUAAGGAAUUGAUGGGGAGUUCUUAUUAACAUAUGAAGGAUUAUGAUUAUAAGAAAGUGGAGAGUAGAAAAUAAUCUGAUGGAAGAGUGUAUUCUGCACCUCGUAAUGUUACUACUAAUCCAAGAUGUAAGGUAAUGGAUAAAUCAAUACCAUAUAUGAUGGAUGAAUACAAUAGAUAUAGUGAUUUCGAAAGAGUAUUUAAAUUGUUAUCAUUUAGAAAGCAAGAAUGGAAAGUAAGAGUAAGGAAAAAGAAUAACCAUUUAGAAGUACUGUUUAAGGUGGAUAUACUUUUGAUAAAGAUAAGAAUUUAUUUGGAGAUACUAAGAUGCCAUAGACAAGUUAGAGAAAAUCUCCUUCAAUUAAAUAAGCUAAACAUGAAUCUGCUUUUAUACCAGCAAAUGGAUUAAAAAAAGGAUUUAAUGGAUUAUUCGGUCAUUAUGAAUACAAACCUGAUCCUAUGAAAGAAAUCAAACGAUAAUUUAGUUAGAAAAAAGAAAGAGAAUGUUUUAAGUAAGAAUAAGAAUAUUCUUUUAGACCUACAGAUUUAGGAAAUAAGACCAGACCUAAUCCAACAAUUUCCUGUUUCAAAAUGAAUAUUAGGAGAGAAAUGGCUGUUAAUUAUUGA